CUAAGAUGAAAGAGUACAACGUUUUACUCUUACAUGGAAAGUGAAACGCGGACCAAAAUACAUUGAGAAUUUGGAACAGUAUUUAUAGAAGAGCGACAGGAGCGUUUUUAUUGCGGGUAUAAAGGCGAAAUUGUUACAUUGUUGACGGUGUAUAUUCUUAGAUAUAUUCAUAAAUAGCUUUUGGCAUACAUAUAAUUUCGUCGUUAUGGAAAGAUGUGACAAACGGAUUUUGGAACAUUUUGAAUAAACUUAACGCGUAAAUGGUACGAAGAGGGGGAAGAGAGUAGUUUUGAACUGUACUAUGCGUGUUGAAUCUCCACCGAACAAAAUUGAGCCUUUAGAAGAGAAUAGGGCCUUUAGUUCCAUCGAGGAAUACAAGAUGCGCCAGAGCGAAGACGAAUUCUCGCAAUCCGACAACAAUGUGGCACAACCUAGACUGUCUUGUCCGUGCUUCCCCGAGUCCAUACGGCUCACUUUUACCUCGCCAAAGCUGGAAAGAAUCUACCAAAGAAGCAACAAGCGCGAACGACUGAAAAGCAAUCUAUUUUGUGCGUUAUUCGCUGUCGUUGCGAACGUCGUGUUACUUUUCAUUCACGCGUUCUCGGGACUCGGAAGCAGCGAACAACGAACUAACGUUAUUGUAAUAAGCGGCGUUUCGAUCGCUAUAUUCACAUGUAUGUUUGUGGCAUGUUUUAGACACUGCUCGCCUGGGUAUAAUGUAUCCAUGUUCGUUUGGCUAUUUGCCGGGUUGGAAGCAUUAUUGAUCCUGGGACUCGGCGAGGAUCCGUUAACACCGAACGAUCUAGUUGGGACAUUCACCUUUCUGGCGUUUUUGGCGUUUAUUCUGUUGCCCAUGCGUUUGAGAUUCUGCAUUUUUUGGGUAACUGUACUGUCGGUAAUUCAUUCGAUAAUCGUCGGAGUUUCGAGCGAAAGAUUGGAUGAAUAUUCUAGCAAUCAGGUUAGAUGUAACCUUUAUAUAAGUAAGCUUAAUUUUAGACUCGAAUUUUAGUUGCGUCGGGUUUCAUGACAUGGGACGCGAAGCAACGGACAAUUAGUGUAUGAAUGAUACUGCAUAUAUUUGUGCGCGUUUUCUAUCUUAUAAUAACUGUAUACCUAAAACCAAACCCUGCCGUAUAAAUGUUAAGACACUACAUCCUGGACUUAACUAAACAUACAUUUUCUCUACAAAAUGUAAGACGGCGUCUGCGCCGGCCUUAGAUACAAAACUGACGAUGCGUAAGAAACAAUUUAGACUUUCGCUGUUAUUAUAUAAUGGGUUUCACAUACAAGCUAAAAUUACCUGGUGACCGAGUGUUCUGAGCAGCCCGUAUAAUCCGUUAUUGACAAAAAGCUUAAAUGCGGUCAAGUGGCUUAUACAAAACACGGAAUCAUAAUUUGUUAUACGGCAAAAAAUGCGGAAACUUGUUGGUUUUAAAUGAAGUCUGUUCGUGCGUUCAAUGAAGCAUCAAAUCUAUGAACGUUUAGAAACAAAACUUGGUUGAAAUUUGUGCAAUUGCAUGCAUAUAUGUAUUCUAUAUAACGAAUUAUAAUUUCAAAGUUAGCCUUUCGAAAUUUGUUUCAGGUUUUUCGUUUUCCGUUCCUCCUAGUGUUAGACCAACGUUUUUGUCAGUUUAUAGAACAAAAAAUGAAAGUUUUUAUAAGGCAAAAUUUCGUUUUUGAUGAAGCCGCCUAUUUAAGCUCCAUGACUAUAUGCUUACAAAUGCCAAAUAUAAUCGCAUUUAAUAUGCACUGCACAGCUGAUAUUCAAAUUUGUCAAGUAAUUUCAUUCCUUUCAUCUAUGAUUACUUAAUCGUCUACGACGUUAUAGAAUUCAGUGCGCACAAAGUAUUACAUUUUGGCGCGCGUGCCAAAAACGUCGCGUACUGUUUUGCUUGCAUGACGAAUUUAGAAUCCCAGUCCUAAAUUAGCAUGUUUUUAUCUUUUAACUCCCAGCUAUUCGCAAAUGCGCAAACACUAUUUACGAGAAUUAUAUUGAAAAGAUAUUCAAUCUGCACGGUUUAUAUAUUCGCCACGCCUGUUGUCCGUAACAAGAAGCGAGAUUAUAUAAACAUGUGGGUGUAUAUAAAGUCAAGAGGCCAUGUUUGCAUGUGGGACACGAUUGUCCUUUUGACACGUUUACUCAGACAUUGUGUAGUUUUGUUUUGUGUCUUCUGCACGGUAAUAUUUGUCGAAAGAUUGCUUCUGACAAUCAGCUAAGCCUUAUGCUAUUGUGGCUGGCGUAAAGAUUACUAACUUAGGAUACACUAUACGUGGAAUUUUUUAACAAUUUGCUUGUUACUGAGGGUUACCGAUUCUGAAUCUACUUGAAUAACUGAAGAAUUGGGCCCUUAUUAGACCUCGAUAGGGAGAACAGCUUAGUAGUGAUAGAGCUAUCUUGUAUAAAUAAACGUAAAUAAAGUUACUUUAGUUUAAUAUUUUCCGAUAGCGAGAAACUUUCAUACAUAACAAUGGUUUAACAAGCUGUUCGGUAAAACAAGUUAUUGAAACAAGUUGUAACAAGGUUGAGUCGUCAUGCAACCUUGCGGUAGCUAGUUUUGAACAGGUUAAUGAUGAACAAGCCGUCGAUAACAAAUUUGAAACAAGCUGUGGAAACACAGUUUGAUAUCAACGAUUGCCACAGCUAGCACGUCUCAGUGUUGCAGAAAACCCCGUUCCCGCAGACAAGCAGGUUUUACUUGACAAGCUAGUUUUACUUGCGUUCAUGUGUUGCAUGCCACCUUGUCGCAAGGAAUCUUGUUCAAAAGUCAGCCAUGUCAGCUUUUCACUGAAGGACCCCUGACAAGGAAUCUUCGACUAGAAGCCAUUGCCAUCAUAAUUAAAAUCUCGUUUAUUCUGAAAUUGAAGUGUGGUGUACGUCGUAGGCAAUACUUCAGACAGUUUUUUUUUUAAAUUUGUUCGAAGCGGCUUUGAAAUCUUUGAACAAAGAUGAAAGAUUAAACUUCAAGAAAAACUAAUUGAUCGAACAGACUUUUUCGCCGUACACGAGUAAGUACACUCGACAAGAAACUUGUCAAGAAAAACACGUUUCUCUUUACUGAGCUUGUCAACAGGUUUGGCGGCAAGCAGUGCAGUGAAUACAGUUCAAAAUAUGUUAAAGCAAGCGCCUUAUAUGCUGAGUAGAUGAGAUAUAAACACGCGUUGAGUCGCUGACACGUGCUGAUAAGAGACAUUGUAGUCGUAAAACGUAAUGAGAUAAAAUAGAUCGAUAAAAUUCCUGUUAGGGCAUGCACACAAAGGCAGCUGCCGAAAACUUAGGAAAUGCUUUUCAGGGCUCUUUUCCACUCUUUAAUUGCAAAAACUCGCUGCGAAUACCAGGCUACUACCAGCUUCAUCCAAGCGGGCUUGCGAGGUGGUUUUGCGAUGCGUAGAAAAAAGCCUUUCAUCUUUACAAUAUACUGAACGAUAGCUAUAAAUAUACAUUACACAAGCUAUAAUAUAUGCAUAUGUGUCAUCGACCAUUCAGGGGCGCCUGGGCCAAGAACCGGUAAAUGAGUUGAUCCCAAAAUUGUGGCGGAGAAUUAACCGAUAUUUUCUUCGCUUUAUUUAACCCAUCAAGUUGCAAUUCACCUCAGUGCGCCCUACUUUAUUAUUUUACUCUGCCUAAUGCCAGACAAAUUUACUCGUCAAGGCAAGGGGACUUAGGAGAGAGCGCGCCAGUUCAAUGGUUUAACUGAAACCAAACAUUUCGAUCACCUGAUCAUUACUGGGUGGCAUUAUUGUCAACUGACUCAACUCUAAGACAAUAUGCAAAGGAAAAUAGUAGUCUCUCUCAUCCUGCAGUAGGGAAAAGGGGCGUAGUGAUUGAAGCACGUACUGUACUACUCAAUAUUCGCUCACGUUUCCGUGAAAACUCUUAAAUAUAUCAUUCACUUAAUGUUAAUUUUUUUCAAAAUUUUCAACACAAAACUGUGAACUAUGCGGCACGAAAUGCCGACUAAUGAUCGUAUAAUUCUGUAAUAAAAAAUUAAGAAGUCACUCGAUCAAAUUACUUAAACAAUAUAGUAGCGCCUAUCGGCAAACAAACCCUGAAUAUCAGACUUACGCAUGCUAAUUGCGGCAGAUGGCUUCUGGCCUGUCUAUCAGUAUAGCGUCGCAGGGCUCUUUUUCCACAAGUCAAAAAUCAAAAUAUUAAAUUGCUUGCUAUAUGACAUACAUUAUUCCAAACUGGUAGGCGCUAUUCGAAUAAUAUAUUUCAAACAAGGUGUUUAUGGGACUCACAUGUCACAACGAACGAAAAAGCUUUCGGACUGUAACUGCAUGUAGGGUUAUUGCAUGCCCUUGUCAGUGCAAUACAACGCGAUCAAAGCUCAUAUUGAUCCGCCUAUCUGCACAUUCAUCCAGUACCCAGGCUCUUUAGUAAUUAAUAACGGCUUCAGAGCUCUGGGCAAGCUUUUAGGCCAGAUGGCCCGCACGUUCCGCACGCCUAAAAGCUCGCCCAGAGCUCCGAAGCUGCUAUUCAGUACUAAAAGCCUGGUACGAGGCUGACAUAAUCUAUUAUGUAAUAACAUCACGUGACUGAGUUUUACAUGCCAUAUUGUAGCAGCGCAUGAAAGCAUCUAUUGUUGACAGUUAAUGUACUAAAGCACAUGGGCGCCAAUGGCAAUAUAUAAUGCAAAUUACUUUUUGGAAACGUCGUAAAACUUGUUUAUGAAGAGUAUUUAUGUUGAUUAUGCAUGGAUAGGGCGUCAGUUGUGAUAAUGAUUCAAAAUUUUUAUAUUUCGAUGCGUUUCUCAAUCGGCAAACAAACCUAUAUAUGAAGUUGUUUGGUGUUUUAUCUGUAAAAUAUGUUAAAAUGAAGAGAUUUUAGAUGGUACGCCAAAGAGAAAAUGAUGUCUGAAGUUCAGUAAGUUUUGCUUGACUUGGCGUCACCGUUAAAGCAUCAUAGAUAAUUCUAUUUUAAUCGACAAUUUUUUACUAUUAUUUCGUUUCUCAAAUCUCAACCGACAAAUGCAUUUAAAAAGGUAGCUAACUGUACCAAACUAGAGAACAAAGAAUUUUGAGAGGAACACCAAAACGCCAAAAUCAUUUUCGGUUCAUUGCAAAUGCGCGCGACGGAAACAAAUUGCCUCUUAAAUUAAACCUUUAUCGAUACACAUCGUUCAUUCUUUUGACAGUUAUCAUUGCGUCGCUAGGGUUGGCUAUUCCUAUAAACUCUUAUCAUGUUGCAAUAAUCUAUUACGCAAUGUCUCAUUGUCUAUAUAUUUCACCUGCGCUGCUGCAACAUGACGUGUAAUUCUGCAAUAUCAGAUCGAAAUUUACAAAGCUGUACUGUUUGAAGCUAUAAAUAUUACACGCAGCACAACUUCGAAUAUUCCGAGCCAAAUCUUAUAGCACGAGUAAUUUUUCAUUUUCGAAACAUUUGAAAAACAAUCGCGGUUUUUAAUUACGUCAUUGUGACGUCACAAUGUCUAUGAUAACGGUAUUUUGGAUAAAGUUGAUUAGUUUUGGAAAGCCAUUGCGUAAUCAAAACUUUAAUUACACUCAAAAGAUAAGAUUGUUCAACGUCACAAUGCAAACAUGAUUGUUGGCAUAAUUGCACGAAAGAUAAGUUUUAAUUAAUGCUGCUAAAUCAUUAAACUCAAAAAAUAACUAACCUCAUUUAUACUGGAUUUCUCUGUUUAUUGUCUCCCUCACACGCAGUCUAGAUGAAAAUAAAAAUAUAAAUAGGAUUAUAUAGGAUUAUAUAUAUAUAUAUAAAAAUAGAUUAUAUAUAUAUAGAUAAAAAUAAUCCAGUAUACUACAGGAGGAAACCUAAAAUAACUUUAUUUAUACUGGAUAGCUCUAUCAGUUCUAAACAGGAUUAUAUAUAUAUAUAUAUAUAUAAAAAUAGGAUUAUAUAUAUAUAUAUAUAUAUAUAUAUAUAUAUAUAUAUAUAUCAGUUCUAAACUGUUCUCCCUAAAGGUCCAGUAAGGAUCAUCUCUGAUUGAUCCAGUGUUACUACAGAAGGAAACCUGAACUAAACGUAUUUAUACUGGAUAGCCCUAUCAGUUCUAAACUGUUCUUCCUAGAGGUCCAGUAAGGAUCAUUUCUUAUUGAUCCAGUGUUACUACAGGAGGAACCUAAACUAAACUAACUUUAUAUAUAAUAAACGUAUUUAUAUAUAAUAAACGUAUUAAUACUGGAUAGCCCUAUCAGUUCUAAACUGUUCUUCCUAGAGGUCCAGUAAGGAUCAUCUCUUGUUGUUUCAGUGUUACUACAGGAGGAAAUUACCCAAACUAAACUAACUUUUUUUAUACUGGAUAGCUCUAUCAGUUCUAAACUGUUCUUCCUCGAGGUCCAGUAAGGAUCAUCUCUUAUUGAUCCAGUGUUACUACAGGAGGAAACCUAAACUAAACUAAUUUUAAUUUAUACUGGAUAGCUCUAUCAGUUCUAAACUGUUCUUCCUAGAGGUCCAGUAAGGAUCAUCUCUUAUUGAUCCAGUGUUACUACAGGAGGAAACCUAAACUAAACUAAUUUUAAUUUAUACUAGAUAGCUCUAUCAGUUCUAAACUGUUCUUCCUAGAGGUCCAGUAAGGAUCAUCUCUUAUUGAUCCAGUGUUACUACAAGAGAAAACCUAAACUAAACUAACUUUAUUUAUACUGGAUAUCUUUAUCAGUUCUAAACUGUUCUUCCUAGAGGUCCAGUAAGGAUCAUCUCUUCUUGAUCCAGUAUUACUACAGGAGAAAACCUAAACUAAACUAACUUUAUUUAUACUGGAUAGCUCUAUCAGUUCUAAACUGUUCUUCCUAGAGGUCCAGUAAGGAUCAUCUCUUAUUAAUCAAGUGUUACCUCAGGAGGAAACCUAAACAAACUAACUUUAUUUAUACUGGAUAGCUCCAUCAGUUCUAAACUGUUCUUCCUAGAGGUUUAGUUGAGUCAAAUUGGAGCCGCUUCUCUCACAUUUUGCUUGUUUGCUCGUCUAUUGAUGUUUAUUUUUUCAUUUCAAGAUCGUAGCAAAUAUCUUGCUGUUUCUGUGCGCAGCUUUAAUGGGAGUCAUCGAUUUCCUCCUGGCUGACAGACGUCAACGUCAAGCUUUUAGUGAAACACUCAAAUCACUGCAAGUCAAGAUGAAACUGGAAUUUCAGCACGUGAAACAGGUACAACCUCGUGUUUUAUAUCUGAUAGAGCACUUCUGCUCGUGUUUUAAACAGUAUAUAAUAGCGAACUUAAGCAAAGCUUAAUCUAUUACGGGGACGUGUCAAGAAAGCGCCUUAAAUUUUACAGUUUUGUAUUAUAACUAACUACCGUUAUUAAGAACUUCAAAAAGCAGAACGAAAGUGUAACGAAAACAGCAUAUUAAUAACAUAUUAAUGCAAGAAAAUGAGCAGAAAUUGACAAUUAAAAUCCACGGACGUUUUAGACGUCGCCGUAGCUCUGUUUUACAACGGCAAAAUACAGAUUAUCACGUCUUGUAUACAACGCUUACAUUUCAAGCUGGAACAACUGCUAUUUUCAAUUGGGUGCUAGAACUUUUCUCAAUCAUAAACCCAGUGAUAAUUUUAAUCCUUAAACUGUAUUAUUUUCAUACGAUGGAUAACAGACGACAGGUUUUCUGCUGCAAUCAUUUUGUUCAACGAGUUUGUUUACCGUCGCUGUCGCAUUCCCGUCCUACAUGCUUAGGGACCGGUCAUUAUUUAUGGCGGGGGGUGGCACCGAAGAGAAAUGUUUUCCGUGUCAAAAAUUUUGCUGACCCAACCAUUAAAAAGACAAAAAUUUGAUUACCCAACCUCAAAUAUCAAUUAAAAAAUAACUACCCACCCCUGGCCAAAAACUUAACAAAAGGAUACCAUUCAGUUGUCAUACAUGUCCUUUAUCACUUCAGUGACAUGAGUUUGAUAAAUGCUUGUGAAAUUUUCUGCAGUCUAAAGUUUCAUGUUGUCUGCACAUGUACUUUCUUUGGAAACACAAUUUGUUUUGUCAAACUAUGAUCAAGAUAGUGACUCUGAUUGAUUCACAUAUAGUAUGGACAAAUGACUGUUGACAUUGCUUUUCAGUCUCCAAUAUUUCAGUGGGUCAUGCUUUGGAAAUGACAAUAAAUUUUUAUUACCCAACCCUUGAGUUGUUUUGUUUUUCAUUUACCCAACCUUUUACUUACUCAAAAUUUUGUUUACCCAACCCUUUUCUCUUCGGUGCCACCCCCCGCCAUAAAUAAUGACCCGUCCCUUAAAGUGCCCAAUAUUUUUUGCAGCAACGGUUACUGCUGUCCGUCCUACCCAGUCAUGUGUCGAAAGAGUUGGAGGACGACAUUCAGUCGGAUGGGACGAUUUUGAAAAACGGAAAUUUCAAUAAAAUUUAUAUCGAAAGAGUGGAGUGUUGCAGGUAAGUUAGCUUAGCGUAUUACAGGAGGAAACCAAAACUAAAUUGAUUUUAUUUAUGCUGGAUAUCUCUGCCAUACUCUAUACAUGUAACAGCGCACAACUUGUAACCACAAAUCUCUUCACAAGUUGUCAACAUGUGCAAGUUGUGCUUGCACUACACAUGUAAAAAUCUCACAUCUUGUAGCAAGUCUGUCAACAAGCUGUCAACAAGUUGUGUUCGCACUGCGUUGUCAACAAGUUGUCAACAAGUCUGGAACAAGCUGUUAACAACUUGUAACAACCUUGUUGAUAUUAUCAGACCUGUUGCAAGGUUGUUCCAACAAGUCCGAUGCAGUCAUGAUAUAACAAUAUUGUUACAAACUUGUGUGGUCAACCUUGUAACAUUCUUGAUAACAUUCUUCAAGGUUGAUGACACAAGGUUGUAACAAUAUUGUUAUAUCACGACUGUAUCGAACUUGUUGGAACAAGUCUGAUAAUAUCAACAAAGUUGUUAACAGCUUGUUCCAAACUUUUUGACAACUUGGGACAAACAGUGCGAACGCAACUUGUUGACGGCUUGUUGGCAAACUUGCUAUAUACAAGAUGCGAGAUUUUCGUGUUUUUAGAGGUACACACACAGAAACGCACAACUUCUUACAGGUCUGCAAACAAGUUGUUACAAAUCUGUUCACAUUCUGUCGACAAGUUGUGUUCGCACUGCUUGUUCCUAGAUGUUGUAACAAGUUUGGAACAAACUAUUAACAACUUGUAACAAGCUUGAUGGCAUUAUCAGACUUGUUACAAGGUUGUUCCAACAAGUCCGAUACAGUCAUGAUAUAGCAAGAAGUUACAAAGUUGAUGACACAAGGUUGUAACAAUAUUGUUAUAUCAUGACUGUAUCACACUUGUCGGAACAACCCUGCAACAGGUUAAAGUUGUUAACAGCUUGUUCCAAUCUUGUUGACAACUUGGGGCAAGCAUUGCGAACACAACUUGUUGACGGUUUGUUGGCAGACUUGCUACAAGAUGCGAGAUUUUUACGUAUGUACGAAGAAAACCCGAGGUGCAGAAAACGUUCUUUUCACAUGCGAACGAGGUGAAAUUAUAAUCAAACUUUAGAACUCUAGUCACAUAAAGAGAUGAAAUGUUCAUGUAACAACGAUUUUUCUUGCAGUAUACUAUAUGCCGAUAUCGUUGGCUUCACUGAGCUCUCUUCCACAUGCACAGCAGAAGAACUGAUAGAGACUUUGAACCAGCUUUUUGCCAUAUUUGAUAAACUUGCAUCGGUAAGUAUAUGUUGAAGGUUCGCAGGCCAAUCAACACUUGCGUAAACAGGUGGUGUUUCACCACUAAGCAGUAUCGCGCAGCAGAUGGUGGUCAACCUGCAGUUAUCAGAGUGAGAAAAUAAUGCUGAUUCUUUGGGAAAUAUAAUUUAAUUUUCUUGCUUAUUGGAUCAAUAAAAGAUGAUCCUUACUGGACCUCUAGGAAGAACAGUUUAGAACUGAUAGAGCUAUCCAGUAUAAAUAAAGUUAGUUUAGUUUAGGUUUCCUCCUGUAGUAACACUAGAUCAAUAAGAGAUGAUCCUUACUGGACCUCCUUACUGGGCCUCUAGGGAAACAGUUUAGAACUGAUAGAGCUAUCCAGUAUAAAUAAAAGUUUAGGCUUCCUCCUGUAGUAACACUGGAUCAAUAAGAGAUGAUCCUUACUGGACCUCUAGGAAGAACGGUUUAGAACUGAUAGAGCUAUCCAGUAUAAAUAAAGUUAGUUUAGUUUAAGCUUCCUCCUGUAGUAACAUUGGAUCAAUAAGACCUCUAGGGAGAACAGUUCAGAACUGAUAGAGUUAUCUAGUAUGAAGUCUGAGGUUUGAAAAUCGUCAUAUUUCCACAGAAACACAACUGUCAACGAAUCAAAAUUCUGGGUGACUGUUACUACUGUAUCUCGGGUUUGGAUGCAGCCGAGAGGGAGAAAGGCGACAACAAUCAUGCUGCGUCAGCGGUUAAUAUGGGUCUGGGAAUGGUGAAUCACAUUACGUAAGCAUGACAUCAUAUAACAUAGUAAUUACGUCAUACACUUUCACUCUCAACGAACACGUAUUUGCUAUUUAUUUCAGUAAAGUGCGUCAACAGACAGGAGUGAAAAGUUUAGACAUGCGUGUUGGUAUCCACACUGGUGCCGUGUUAGCUGGGGUACUGGGGCAGAAAAAAUGGCAGUUUGAUGCUUGGUCGAAUGACGUCACGCUGGCAAAUAAAAUGGAGUCUGGUGGGAUUCCUGGGUAUGUUUGCCAAUUCGUCAAGCUAAUUAAAGCAUUUACCUCUAGAAGGAAAGAUCUCUAAUUUGUUUGCCUUUUUUCAUCUCUAAAGGCGCGUUCAUAUUUCGGCAACAACAUACGAAAGAGUCCGAGAUCUGUACGAAGUCGAGGAGGGGAAUGGUCAUGUAAGAAAUGAAUACAUCAAGGAAUCCGGCAUCAAGACUUAUCUUAUUGUUGGAAAAAUAAAGUCCAAAGCAAAGGUUUGUUUUGCGCAUGGUCAAAUACUAGAGUCAGGGCCGUAGCUAGACCGAUAAUGGUGGUGGUGGUGGUGGUGGGGGGAGGGUGCACAUGAAUAUAUGAAUAUACACACACACACCAAUUGUCGCGUCUAGCUACGGCCUUGACUCGGAGUAUCGUUUUUAGCAGACCUGUAAUACUUUUGCAACCCAAUCGAGAACGCUUGCAACAAUAUGCAUAUGGCAGUGAGGUUUUUGGGCAGAUGAUCCUGCACGCCUGACGACAUUGGACAAAGAAGGGACUGCUAGUUUGCAUAUAGACGUAGCACACAUGAAAUGUAAUCUCUUCGUCCUUACGCAAACUUUAAAAGAAGACGAGAAGUGAAGACUUUUACCUUAAAUUUUGGAUCCGUUAAAAACUGCUACAAACAUAACCAAACAUUUCUUUCAUUUCAUUUCAAACACCUUAAUUUCUAGGAAAAAUGGGAGACGGUUCCGUUAUUGGUAAUGCCCGAUUGUGAGGUAAAACGCAGGACAUCAUCGCCCAUUGUGAGUUUACUGGGAACAACCGCAAGGAAAGCACUCAAGACCAAGGAAACUAAUGGCACGGAGGAGAACGGAACGCCACGACAUCAUGUGGAAAUAUCUAUGCCCGAAAAAACUGUAAGUGCAUACAUCAAAAUAAUUGUUGUGUCUUGCGUAUAGCUAUGAUAAGACGGUCGAUAAGCAAGUUGAUUUGCGGAGAACAGGAUAACGGAAAACGGGAAGCAAGAGAAGAGGAAUUGCAUGGCACAUAAGACGGAAAGGGCGAAUAACAUUGUAAUUGAAGACACAAGUCUAAUUUUUUGCCAGUAAAAUUUGCAUUAACCACGCCAGAUUAAACGAAAAAUAAUUUCUCUCCAUUCCAUAGAAAGUUUGAUUCGUUUUGCAGAAUUUUAUAUUUCUUUUAUUCUACCUACAGGAGGAUAGCUUUGAGAAAAGCGAAAUAAAUGACGACAGAUUGAGGUGAGCGACCAGUUUGCGUUUAAAUUUCGAUCAUUUGUGUAUGCUCCGACAAGUUUUCGUAUGGCAGGAUCUCUUUUAAUACAAUAGAUAGUAUUCCCAUGACCAAAUCUUUGUCUGGCGCGGAUGAAAUAUAUAAAAGAUUGUGUGUAACAAUGCCGAAAAUCAAGCCCCAGACAAUUAAAAUACAAACUUUUUCUGAGCCAGACAAGUUCCCGGCCGCUUUUUCCGUUCACCACCUUCCAGUUGGGUCCCUUUCUCUUGAUGGCCCCUCCACUGACAAUAUCUUAAAAGAGGCCCUGGGGCCGGUUGUACGAAAGUCGGAUAGCGCUAUCCCGCACCGGAUAUUGAUUUUUCAACCUUUGUAAAAUGCUUGAAAAACUGUGAAACUACGGAAUAUAGAUGACAUAAGAAAUAUAAAAAACAUUUAACUUAUAAAUACUAAACUUUAAUACUAUAUAAUUAUACCAAUCAACGACUAAUUUAACAAAGCUUGAAAAAAUUACUAUCCGGUGGACUAUCUGGCCUUCGAAAAAUCGGCCCCUGUUGUAUGGCAAGUUUUAUAUGCCAUUUGCACGUGUGCAUGUGUAUGUACAACAGAUUUUCUAUAACAAGGUUUGGUUUCCGACAACAUCCAAGUGCUAUAGGGCAACUAUACUACAGUCUACAUUGUCAUGGUCAAAUUUUCCAGGAUCCCAAUACAGACGGGAAAAAUUUGCCAAUAUUUCCUGUGACAAACACACCUGUUCAAAAGCUAGCAUGGAAAAACUUGUCAUAUGAAAAUAUUCUCGUUUGUAACCGGCUUUUUAUCGAUCAUGUGCCUUCACUCUAGGGAUGAAGAACAGCUGAUGCACAAUCUCUCAAAAGUUCUAGAACAAAGCGAAAGGUAGGUGUUAGGCCCCGUUUCCAUGAGAUCGGAACGAAGUGAAACCGGGACCAUUUCGUUUCGGUCAUAGUAUUAUCUAUAAUUGAUGUUUACAUAAGACCGGGAUGAAAAUAACUCAGACCGGUCUCAAGUCAUUCCGCCUGCUGGACCGAGCCGGCUGACUUCAGACCGGCAUGAAUUCAGACUGGGAUGAAUGUAAACACAAAUACAUUUCAGACAUGCUUCUACAAAAGCCAUUUGAAAAAAAAAUUGCCUGCAUGGCAAGGCAAUUGCCUGGCUCAUGUAACCGUUUACAACGCAAAUUCAGACACCAUGCAUGCAUGCAGUAUUUUGAUACGUUAUAAACUUAAGUUGAACUAUACUGAACACACGUUAUAAAUUAUGUUACAUCACUUACACACUACUUCAACAUUUUAAACCGAGAAUCUGCCACUCCUAACCGCUUGAUAAAGUACGGCAGUACGCCAGCAUUUUGUCCAUACAUUCCCGUUAAUUUUUCUGCCUCCUAAAUUAUCUUGCGAAAACGUAUGCCUCGAAAAUAUCCUCUAGUUUGUAGUGCCAUGGCGAAGCUCUUGUAGACUUCAAGAAUGCGGCAACCUCUAUACACGAGGAAAAAAUUUGAAUUUUCAAUAAACAAAGCUAUAUUCAAAUUUCAAUAUCAAUUACCAUUGGUGCAACUAGCUCAGCCGUGUUCUGCGAACAACCGCAUGAAUUCCCAUGGGCCAUGGGCGCUGUCAUCUCUAAUGACUUUGCAUACCAAUUUACAUAAUUAGUAUGUCAUAUAAAUGGUUUCAUAUUCAGUUUUAAUUAACGCGAUGAACAUUUUUGUUUUUUUCCAGAACUUCAGGAAAAGUGAACCCAUUUACAUUGAAAUUUGUUGACCCUCGGAAUGAGGAAAAGGUAGAAUUAUUAUUUUGUAUAAACAACUUGAGAUACUUGACAAUUUAUGUAAACCUUCAAAAGCAUCAAACCAAAAAUCAAGAAUCGCAUAACUAGCCGACUAUAAACCCCAUUUUCCAGUAAGCGAAUUUGUUCGCGCGAACAGUAAAAAAGUAGGAACUGAUCCAACAUUAUCGUGGCGAAUUUUUUCGCUCACCAAUCACAUUGCCAAGAUUUGUUUUUCGCUUCGGCUGGUGCAUGAAAGUGGACUUAACCCGUUAUUCUUUUCAUAGUAUUCCGCGCAAACUGAAGGUGGUUGUGCAGUAUCGUUCGCUGGAGUCUGUCUCGUUCUGGUCUUUUCAUUCCUAGUCGAGAUUACAAUUUUACCAAGGUAUAGUAGAGAUUGAGUCUCCAGAAUUAUUCCCACCCGCAAAACAGCUGAAAAGAAAUCAUGUAUUUUACAUUGUUAUGUUUAGAUCUAUUCACCAAAACGUUUCAUUCCCCGUGGUUUUCUUCAUUGUUCUCUCUUUCAUCUUUGUGACAGUGGCUUUCAGAUUUGAUAAG